AGAUUUUGCAAUAAAAGUAUAUUAUACAGUUUCCCAGUGCAUAGUCUGUGGGGUCAAAAAGACCAAACAGAAACCCAACAAACAACAUGUGAGGACAAAGCUAGGUUUCUAAUAUGCACAACAAAAUAACAACAUAUUAAAGCAAAAGAUAAGGUAAGAAAUGCAAAAUAGACCCAGUGGAGAUGGCAUACACACUGUAUAAACAUAAAAGAUCCAUGGCUCAUCAAUAUCCUCCCUGCAAAUACAAGAAAUAUGGCCUGGAACAAAAGUGAACAUGUUCCAAAAACAAUUAGAAAAGUUCCUGCAGGUGGUGCUGGAUCAGUUCGGUUGUAAUGGAUAAAUGGGCCUGCGGACUGCCCUAAGCAACAGCCUUUUAGAUAAAGUUAUCACAAGUUGAUGCUGCCGCCGGCUACGCUUGGGAAGUAGAACAACUCUCAGAACCCUCUUCAGGUAUACUUCAGAUUCGGCUGGUGGGGAUCCUGCUGUGGUAUAAAGAGCAGUAUGGCAACUUUCUCUUCUCGCACGUCAUACAAAAUCAGCUUUAUAAAUGCCUUAUCUCGGGUUUGCGGAGUCGACGUAAUCCACCAGUUUACUUUAGUACAAUGUUGGUGCUUUGCCCAAAAGUUACCAUAGAUCAGAUUGCUUUCGUAGAAGACCACAAUGGGGAUCUGCCCCCUGGAACUGGAACUGGCUUAGAUAUCAUCUCGGAGGAAUGUGGAUUCAUUCUGGAGCUGCUUGCUGAUUUUCGAAAGCAGUGGUUUGUCACAGAGUCCGUGAAAACCACAAGUAAAUUUGAAGAGAAGUAUGUACUGCCUACCAUAUCAUUGGUGCUUGAGGGAGUGUAUUUUCAUGAUCCAGAUUUCCUACCACUUUUGAUCAAAGAAAUGCCAAAUCUUCUUCAUAUUGAAAUUCAGUACAAUGGAACUCCAUACAUGCUGAGAGCUUUGAGUACACAUUGUCAAUAUUUGGAAUCUCUGUGCCUCCUGGAACCACAAAUGGAAGUUUCUAUACUGGAGAAGGACAUCCUUUCUAUCCUCUUUGGUGUUUCUCCAGUGUAUGACUGUAGAGCAUUCUUUGGUAUACUGGACAGAUUUGCCGAAGAUAAAGAAUUCAGAGAAAAGUUUGUGCUGCAGUUUCCAAAUUUGAAAAAACUCGACAUUGAUGAGUUAUAUUUUGAGGAGGAUGUGCUACAUGACGUAUACACACUGGCUCUGAUACUGCAGCCUAAACUAUCAUCAUUUGGAAAGCAUACCGGACUGACAAGGCAUAUUAUUGCAAAAUAUAGAAAACUCUGGAAAAUAGUGAACGAAAGUUCAUAUUCUAAUAUUGGUAUAUACUUGACUAAAGCUAAAUUUGUUGAUAGCAUAUGUGAUAGGCCAGGCAAUGCUGAAUUAGACCUGAGGUAUAUUGAAGAAGUAUUACCCAUGUUUAAAACCUUACAAUCUGUAGAGCUGCUGAAAAGCUAUUGGAGUGAGAAUGAUGUGGCCAAAUUUUGUCGAAUAUUUUCAGAAUAUGUAGAUGCACUUUCGUUGCUCAUCUUGCCGGUGAACGACAUAUCCUGUCUCGGUAACAUCAGCCACUUGCGCUUGAAAUUUAUGCGACAAUACUCUUUUGAGCACGUGCACCAGGUUUUGGACAACUGCCCAAACCUAGAGACUUUGAGUGUGCAUGCUGUGUUUCAAGCACAGCCUCAACCCAAUCAGGUAAGGUUUGAUCAGAUGCAGCAUUUUGGCCAAAUGUUGGAUGAGGACCGACUCCUCAUACAAAACCUCAUGGUUGAAGAAUUAAGACAGUUUCCUGAGUUACAAAUACUGGGUGAGGAAGUUGUUGAACAUAUACCCAGGAACUUGCCUGCUAAUCCUCUGAAUGUUCACGGUGUACGGGAUGCUCAAAUUGUGCCUGUGUAUAACAGGGUAUCAAAGACCAAGUUGAAAACACAUCAGAAAUUAACAACAUUGCGCAUUGCAUCUAUAUUUGAGGCAGCCAAAGAACCCUCAGAGGCACUCCUGCGAAGUCUUCUGGAGCGGGUUCCUAACCUACGGAAUCUGUGUUUGGGGAUGUGGUUGGGCUCCCUGAGCCACAGGCGGCAUAACUUAACAUGUACCGGCAAUGCUCUAGUCAGUGUUGUCACAGACCAGACACGGAUUGAUCCUCUCCUGACUCAACUGGAACAGCUGUGUUGCCUCCCAUCUGGUACUGAGCAAGAAAUGUGCACCUCUCUCGCCCGCCUCGCACAGGUCCUUCCCUCUCUGCGCACUCUGGUUGUUCCUGCACUUGACAGGUUCAUGCUGUAUCCAACACUCUGCUACUUCCAACAUUCCAAUAUCGAAGUCCAGCACAAGUGUGCCACUGAUCAGGUUUUUUCUCACUGGGAGCCUGAGCAUUGAAGUCGAUCAUGCAGUUUACACUUAAUAAGCAACUUUGUAUUUUGUUAUCUUGCAGAGUUUCAAUUAACUACAUUAUCUUUCAUGAACUGAACUAUUCAAUUUGUCUGAAGAACCUGUGAUCUAUAAUAUGUAAGCUUGUGAUCUAAUUUAAGACAAUGUUGACCAAGCCGCACACUAGAAAGUGAAGGGACGACAACGUUUCUGUCCAUCCUGAACCAUUAUCACAAUCGACUUGAGAAUGGUCCAGGACGGACCGAAACAUCGUCGUCCCUUCACUUUCUAGUGUGCGGUCUGGUCAACAUAUUUCAGCCACGUUAUUGUGACUCCUCGUCUGCACAAUUAAUGUCAUUAAUGAAACUGUAAAUAGUAGUAAUUGUUACUGUUUUAAUUUAUACAACAUUGAAAAGGGAGAAUAGAGAUUAUACUGUAUAGGUUUUAUGGUUAAAUAUAUUUUAUGAUAAUC